CUCCAUUGUUUUCAUAGCCACAACCCUCUCUCCUCUCUAAACUUCAUCUCCUAACAUAUGAACAAUCAAAUAAUCGCCGACGGUUUUCCGGUGACAUUCAGAGACUGGCAGUUACAGCACAUGCAGCCUCGCGCCAUAGAUCCUAUUCAAACCGCAGCGAGCUUCAACAAAUACCAUUUCAACCAAUCUCCAGCGGUAUUAAAACGACAGAGCGAUUCUGCGUUUGACUCCGACGUUCGAAUGACAGCUCAGAAACGGAGGUCCGUCGCGUUUUGCCCGACGGCGUCUCUAAUCGAGGCACAACUCGUUUCUCAGAUGCACCAGCAACAAUCAGAUAUCAAUAGCUUCGUCGCUCAACAAACGCAAACGCUCAGGUUGGAGUUGGAAGCGAGGCAGAGAACGCAAACGUGGUCCUUAGCGUCAGCGGUUCAGUCCGCGAUUGACAAAAAGCUUAAACAGAGAGACGAAGAGAUUGUCCGAAUGAGGAAACUGAACUAUGUUUUGCAAGAACGAGCGAAGAGUCUCUACGUCGAGAAUCAGAUCUUGCGUGAUCUCGCUCAGACCAGCGAAGCUACAGCUAACACUCUCCGGUCAAACCUUGAACAUGUUCUCGCUCAGGUCGACGAGUUACCGGCGAUGGUGGCAACCGGCGGAGACGUUUUUCAUCCUCCGGUAGAAGAGGAUGCGGUAUCGAGCUGCGGAAGCUGCGACGGUGCUGAUGGUGGUGAUGUCACGGCGGUGACAGGAGGAUGUAAACGGUGCGGUGAAAGGACGGCUAGUGUGUUGGUGCUGCCUUGCCGUCACUUGUGUUUGUGUACAAUUUGUGGAUCGGCUCUGUUACAGGUGUGCCCCGUAUGCGAUACGGUCAUGAAUGCUAGUGUUCAUGUCAACAUGUCAUGAGACCCAUGAGUCAUGAGACCCAUGAGUCAUGACCCCCAUAUUUUUAAUUUUUUUCAUUUCCUUUUUAGUGAAGGAUUUAAUAGCAAAAUAAAAGAAAUAUGACUCUUUUUGUUAUAACCUUUUUUGGGAUAUAUAUUUAGUUAUGGAAUUGAUUCAUUUGUUUAAAGCGUUGUACGAUCAUUAGUAAUUUCUUCGUUCGUACGGAUGGAUAUUACACUUUAUCCGUUUUCAAAUUUUUUGUUCAGA